AUGUCUGAAAAGACUUUCCACAAGGCCAACACGAUUCGUGAAAAAGCCUCAGAAGUGCCAUCGAUAGUCGAAGCUGUUCAAUUCCACGGCGUACGAAUCACGAAGAAUGAUGCGCUUCUCAAAGAAAUUUCCGAGUUGUACCGUAGUCAGAAUCUCGACGAAUUGGUCCACAAUUCACAUUUAGCAGCGAGGCAUUUACAGGAAGUAGGGUUGAUGGACAAUGCAGUAGCUCUGAUCGACACUGCACCAAGUUCACGAGAAGGAUACGUCGUUAACUUCCUUGUAAAGGAACCAAAGUCAUUCACCGCCGGGGUUAAAGCUGGCGUAUCGACAAACGGAGAUGCCGAUGUGAGCUUGAACGCUGGAAAACAAAGCAUCGGUGGCCGAGGAGAGUCGAUCAACUCAUCAUACACAUACACAGUCAAAGGAGAUCAUUGCUUCAAUAUAUCAGCGGCAAAACCGUUCCUCGGAUGGCAGAAAUACUCGAAUAUUUCCGCGUCUCUCUAUCGCUCAUUAGCCUAUUUGCCAUGGAAUCAAUCAAAUGUCGAUGAGAACGCGGCGGUUUUUCAAUAUAAUGGCCAAUUGUGGAAUCGCAAGCUAUUGCAUUCUGUGAAGCUGAACGCGAUCUGGAGAACACUGCGAGCCACUGGUGAUUCAGCGUUUGUUGUUCGCGAGCAUGCGGGACACACUCUAAAAUUCUCGGUUGAAAAUGCGAUAGCCGCUGAUACACGAGAUCGGCCAAUUUUGGCGACGAAGGGAAUUUUGGCAAGAGUAUCACAAGAGUUUGCCGGCAUUCUUGGAGAUGCAUCAUUUGUUAAACACCAAUUCGAUUUCCAGGCUGCUGCUCCGCUUCCAUUGAAAUUCAUCUUGGCAGCUUCAAUGCAGGCACAAUCACUGAAGGGACUUGGAGAUCGAGAAGUUCACAUUCUUGAUCGCUGCUACCUCGGCGGCCAACAGGAUCUUCGUGGUUUCGGCCUCAAUACAGUUGGCGUUAAAGCUGAUAACAGUUGUCUUGGCGGCGGUGCGUCCGUCGUGGGAGUCGUCCAUCUCUAUCGACCACUCUUUCCACCUCAAAUGCUAUACGCGCAUGCAUUUGUCGCAUCUGGAAGUGUGGCGUCGAUCCACGCGAGAAAUCCGCUUCAGCAACUGCAGGACACGUUGAGAGUAUCGGCUGGAAUUGGCGUCACGUUCGUGUUUAAAAACAUUUUCCGACUUGAGCUCAAUUACACGCAUCCCCUGAAAUACGUCAUCGGAGAUUCGAUUCAUCGCGGUUUCCACAUCGGCGCUGGUGUUAACUUCCUGUAA